UCACUGCCACCGUCAUAGCGCUGCACUGUCGUAAACCAUGGAUGUAGUCGUAAACUAAGCGCUGUCGUGUCCUAAAUGUUAAACUCUAGAUUAAUUACCACUGAUAAAAUUAUCUGUCAUCGUGUUUUUCCCAAGAUUGGUGACGUGGUCAGAGAAGACUGCUUAAAUGCAAGCUUGCUGCAUCCCAAGUGUAUGUGGAGUGUGAUGAUGGGUUUGUGGCAGCCAGUGACUAACCUUAGAGAUUAUAUAUCUCAUAAUCCUCCAGGGGUAACAUUUUUCCUGUGUCUACUGACUCUGACUAUCUCCUUCAUCUGCCUCAGCUCUUACAGCUACACUCACACUCUGCCUAACCCUGACAUAACACAGGACUGGAACCAUCUACUGUCCUCCUUAUCACAGUUCCAGCUGUGUAUGAAAGUUAAUGAAAGUUCAUCUGAGCUUGUCUCGCCAGUUCCCUCUCGUCUGAUGGAGCAGGAAAAGGAUAGAGAAACCUCAGUUACGUUUACAAAGAUGACUUCUUCUGUCAUUCAUUUGCAUCUCAAGGUGCCUCUGGCUGUGACUACCAGCUCAGCCAGCGGCUCUCUGAAGGACAUUGGUCUGCACACUACCUUGAGCGCCAGUCAGCUAAAUAUAGGAGGCAAUGAGAUUGUUAAUGUGACACUAGAGUUUCUGCCUGGAAAUAGUAGCCACACCUGCCUCACCAUAAAUGCCCCAGCACACCUCCUGCCCAUGAGCCUACUUCCUCCAGAGUGUCCUGUGUCUGAGAAAAAUAUUUCACUCGUCCAUGUGGAAGUGAGAAACCAGCUGAUUGCAGCAUCACAAGUCUGCUACAAUCUGCAGUAUGAGAAUGACCCUACACUCACAGUCAUGUUAACAGAGAAUGAGCAAAGGGUGGCAGAGCGACAUCUGUUGGAAGCCAGUUUUUGUCUGCUCACAGUUUGUGUGAUAUUUUGUUUAGCUACUAGUCUGACACAUUCACAUAUACGCCAUCACCACUGGAAUGAAAUGGAUCUACAAAAAAAGCCCUUGAUGGACACGUGAACAUUUUUUAUCCUCUGCAUCCUGAAGAAAUCAGGUGGUUGAUAGAGCAAUAUGUACUAUGUGGAUUACAACUUUUAAAGUGGCACCUGACCAGUUUUACUCACAAAAACCAGUUUACAUGCAACGGGAAGAAAUACACAGUCUGCAGACAGUUGUAUAAUGUCUUCUGUAGCGCUGGAGGGACUUUCUGAAGUUUGAGAAAUUAAACCUGGUGAUGCCAUUAGGGUUUUCUCAGCUUGGGUUUGGAGAUUAAAUAUUUAUGUAGUAUUCAAUGAUUUUUGACCACAACUCAGAGAAAGGGACUAAAAAUCAGGAUAUUUCAGCUUCUGUUGCAUCGAUUUUGACUAUUUUUAAAAUCAAAGUUUCCAAUUUGUGCAAUGCUAUAUCAGUGGAGCAUCACAGUUAUAAAUGACUGAAAUAUUAUAAAUUAUCCAAAUGAGAGACAAGGUUGUGAUAGAGUAGGUGUAUAUUAUUUAAUGGGACCAUGGUGUAAGGAGUUAUUUGCUUUCUGCCUUGUCUACUUUAUUUCCCUUAUUUCUGAGAUUUACUCUCAAUAACCUGUAGACAUUAACUGGUAACUAAAUAUGUUGAAAAUAAGUUUUUCCAGCCAAAAAUCUUUAACAUUUUUAAAUGGUGAAAGUUGUAAAAUAUACUGUAUUGCUAUGAACAUACUGUAUGUUCUGCUAAACUUUAUUGGACCAAAGGUCCUGUUUCACAACUUUAGUUUACAUAUCGGACAUUGAGGACUCUCUGAAUGCAGUGUUUCCAUCCACCUACAGUCUGUUAAAAUAAAGACUAAACUAAACAGUCGUACUGACUGAAGACUAGAACUGUGUGCCCCAAGCCUUGACAUUUUUUAGAUAAGAAAGUUUGUUACACACUAAAACUUACUCCCUUCCUCUCCCAUUGCUGAUAUUUCUAAGUUGUUUUGGAAAUAAAAAGGAGCAAUCUACUGCCAACAUUUUGAACAAAGCAUUGACCAUAGCAAGAAUUGUGGUAAAGUGUUCUUUCUGCCACUGUUUACAUCAUAAAUGGUAAAACAGGGCUAUACCGUCAAUUAUGACCAGUUGACAAAUGCUAUAAAUGUUUUUCCCAUCUGUAAAUCAGAAUCAGCUUCAGUCGCGAAGUAUGUUGAGCAUACAAGGAAUUUGUCUCAGGCGCAGAGUCUCUCAGUAUGUUAUGGCAACAGGCAACUGACAACAACAGACAAACAUUAUAUACACAAGCAAAAUUAUAUUAUAUACAUUUGUAUAUUUGAGCUAUCAGGCUGGUACCUGUAGUGGGCUCUAUGCACAGUUUACUGCACUAUGGUCAUAUUACUGCAGUCCUGGUUAACUAUUCAUCAGGGUGAUGAUUAUAGACAUACAGUCAUGGUUAGAGACAUAUUUAUCUGUUCAUUAGAGUGGUGGUGCGGGGGAAGAAACUGUCUUUGUGUCUGGUUGUUUUGGCAUGCAAUAAUUUGUAGCACCGUCUAAAUAGUUUGUGUCCUGGAUGUGAGGGGCCUGCAGAAAUCUUCUCUGCCCUUCUCUUGACUUGAGGUGUACAGAUCCUUUAAGGAGCCCCUGUCAAAGUGAAAACAGGUUUCUACAACGUAAUGUCAAUUAAAUAAAAAUAU